AUGGCAGCCUCUCAGAAUGAUCUACUAAGACUACCAGCCGAGAUUCGUCUCAUGAUAUACGGGAAUCUCUGCCCAAGCAUAGGAGAAACCAACAACGAUACCCUACCACUUUUACAAACAUGCAAAGCAACCUACAUGGAAGUGUUACCAUUGGUAUACCAGAAAAAGCUCGUGGUUGUUGACUGCCCAGCCACCAACCCCCUCAAAGAGCUUCGAAAACUCAUCUCGGGCAAGAAAUUUGGCACCGUCAUUUCACAGACAUCUGAUAUCGCUAAUACUCCAUCUUUCCACUUCUGCCCAGCCACUCGCAUCCGUCACCUUGAAAUCCGCUUCCCACCAAUACUGAAGAGGAAACGAGCGGUCCAAAUCAGUAGCGACACCAACGACUACGCAGCUGUAGGUAGCUACCACCAUUCUACCAUCAACCUGCCAGCCGUAGUCGCGUUAUUACGAGAUAACUUCCCUCAACUACAAACCCUUGUGAUCAGAGCUCACCGGUUCGGCGACCUGAUCAACGACGAAACCGGCGUGCCGCACUGGUGGGUCGUCACGCCGCUCUGCUGCCUGAGUCGGCAGAAACGUCUCGCCAAUCUUGCUUUUAAGACUACUAUUGGGCCCAAGAUUGAUUUGGACCUUCUCCCACCGGGCAGAGAUGCUGCGCUCGUUCCUCUGCAGGAGAUCAUCCGAGCUCAAGAUUUCUACACGCGCACAUAUGCUGCGUACCUCUGUGCCUUGGGAUGGGUUCUUCAGUAUAGUCUGAUGGAGUUGUCGGGGGAGAUUGGCUGGUUGGUAGAUGGAGAACCCACCAUCAUUGGUGUGCCAUAUGAGCAUCAGGAGUGCCCACUGCAUGACUCUGGGCCCGAGGAUGCCGCGACGAUGGUUUUGAAGGGCAUGGUCCCUAUCUUGCAAUGGUUUGGGGUUCUUUGCGAAAGGAGAGCUGUGGAACCGUGGGUUCAGUUCUUAUCGCCCGCUCCAAGAUAUUCUUUGCGGCCUCGGUAG